AAUACACCCAUCCGGCGCCAAAACAAAAACCACGAUAAGUAGAAGAAGAAAAAAAAACAAAAAAGAAUCCACGAUACGUUUCUCUCUCCCAUCCUUCUGAAACCCUAAUUUAACAAAAUUCACGAAAUUCCAACUUUUUUUAUCUAUAUAAUCUCUUCAGAUUUUGUUCGACUCCUUUAAUUUCCCUGAUUUCCAUCAAUCUAUAGAUAUAUAAAUAUAUAUAUCUCGAUUGAUAUUAAAACUUUAUUUUUUUAAACAAAAUUUUGGGCAUUUAGGGUUUUGAAUCCUGGUUUUUUGGCGAAGACUUUUAUAGGGGUUGGUAGCUGAACGGAAUGGCCUCCGUAUCAAGUCAGCCGCAGUUCCGUUACACUCAACCCCCGUCUAAGGUGCUGCAUUUAAGAAACUUGCCCUGGGAGUGUACGGAGGAAGAGUUGAUCGAGCUCGGGAAGCCAUUUGGUAAGGUCGUUAACACCAAGUGCAAUGUUGGAGCCAAUCGUAAUCAGGCUUUCAUUGAAUUUGCUGAUUUGAAUCAGGCCAUUGCUAUGAUAUCAUAUUAUGCUUCAUCUUCAGAGCCUGCUCAAGUAAGGGGCAAAACGGUCUACCUACAAUAUUCUAAUCGGCAAGAGAUUGUAAACAACAAAACGACUGCGGAUGUUGCCGGAAAUGUUCUAUUGGUAACAAUUGAAGGCCAAGAUGCGCGGCUUGUUUCCAUUGAUGUUCUGCAUUUGGUAUUUUCAGCUUUUGGAUUUGUGCAUAAAAUUACUACCUUUGAGAAGACAGCUGGAUUCCAGGCAUUGGUGCAGUUUUCAGAUGCAGAAACAGCCACGUCUGCAAAAAAUGCCUUGGAUGGACGAAUCAUCCCUAGGUAUCUGCUUUCUGAAAAUAUAGCUCCUUGUACGCUUAGGAUCACAUAUUCUGCUCACACAGAUUUGAGUGUGAAAUUUCAGAGCCACCGAAGCAGGGACUAUACCAAUCCCUAUCUUCCUGUUGCUCCUUCGGCUAUAGAUGGAAGUGGCCAGUUCAGUUUGGGUCUUGAUGGGAAAAAACUAGAACCUGAGAGUAACGUUUUACUUGCAUCUAUCGAGAACAUGCAGUAUGCUGUUACCUUGGAUGUGCUACACAUGGUGUUCUCUGCUUUUGGCCCUGUUCAAAAGAUUGCCAUGUUUGAUAAGAACGGUGGAGUGCAGGCUCUAAUUCAGUACCCAGAUGUUCAGACAGCUGUUGUUGCCAAGGAGGCCUUGGAAGGUCACUGCAUAUAUGAUGGUGGGUUUUGCAAGCUUCAUAUCUCAUAUUCACGCCACACUGAUCUCAGUAUAAAGGUCAACAAUGAUAGGAGCAGAGAUUAUACAAUCCCAAACCCUGCCAUGGUUAACCCACAACCUUCGAUUUUGGGACAACAGCCAGUUCAAACAGUGGGGGCUCCAGCUGCUCAUCAGUACAAUGGGACUCAAUAUGCUCCUCCUCAUUUUCAACCUUCAGCUGGAUGGGCCUCAGGUGUUCCAGCAGUGCCGCAAUCCGCACCAGGACAGAUGACUAGUCAUCCUUACAUGCCACCAGCCUCAAUGCCUCAAAUGACUCCUGCAGGAAUGAUGCAAAUGCCAGCCCAUAGUGGCGUACCACCAGCUGGGGCAGUGCCUCCUUACAGACCCAAUCCGAUGUAAUAGCAUCUUUUUACAAUACAUAAAAACUGAGUUGGGGUGGCCUCAUAGCUGCCACACGCUGGUUGCUUCCAGCAUCAGUUGUUUUUUUCUGUUCUUUUUUAAAAUUUGAAUUGGGGAACAUGGUGAGCAAUGUUAAGUGGACAUUUUUUGUAUUUGUCGGAAUUUCGAGAAGAGAAAGGAGUGCUGGAAGGGAAGAGAGGGGCGAUGUUAGGAGAUAGCUUGCGGAGACAUUGUUUGAACGUUUAACCAAAUAUAUUGUGCAGCUAAAAAAAGGAACCCAAAAAUAAAAAAGGGAGGGGGUGGGGUGCAUGUUGUGGAAUUUGAGUUGAGCUUUUAAUCAUUAUUGAUAAUUUAAGGUAAAA